AAGCGAUCGAACGUGGAAGUUCGCCAACUCGGACGGCGUGCAUCCGUCAACCGUUUCACGCCCACGGAAUACGAUGACUUCGUACUCGAGCAUUUCGGGUCGAUCCACGUAAGCGACACUGUCAAAAGGACAAAGGACAAAGGACAACUUUGGACCAACGACAACAAAACACGGCACAUUGCACUCUGCUGCACCGCGAGAAUCUCCUUAGUAGCCCACCAUGGCCGACGCCGAGUCAAAAAAAGACGACGAGCUAAGCGGAGACGAAGAUAACCUCUUCGCGGGUACCCCCGCCGAGAAAGUCCGAUCCCAACUGACCGGCAACGUCCCCGCAUCCGAGACGCAAGAUGCGGAUCCAAGGCAAAAGCCAAAAUCCAAGGGCAAGAAGAGGUCCAAGUCCAGUGAUGCUGAGGAAGACGACGAGCCCUAUAGCCCCUGGCUUGACAUCCUCCGGGUGCUCUCGUUUCUCCUUCUCGCCAGCUGUGGCCUCAGCUACCUCGUCAGCGGAGGCGAGAGUUGGACCUGGGGCUUCGACAACAAGCCUCGUUACCUUCGGUUAGGGUACUGGAAGACUCUUGUGACCGGCCCACUCGAGCUCACCCCGGCCGAGCUCGCCCUCUACGACGGCUCCGACCCGACGAAACCCAUCUACCUCGCCAUCAACCACACCAUCUACGACGUCUCCUCCAACCCGCGCGUCUACGGGCCGGGGGGCUCCUACUCCAAAUUCGCCGGCAUCGACGCCUCCCGGGCCUACGUGACGGGUUGCUUCGGCACCGACCGCACGCCGGACCUGCGCGGCGCCGAGGAGAUGUUCCUCCCGCUCGACGACCCGGCGACUGACGCCCACUGGACGCCCGACGAGCUGGCGGCCAUGCGCGAGCGGGAACGCGAGGCGGCGCUCCAGCGCGUCCACGGCGCGCUGAAGCACUGGGUCGACUUCUUUGCCGAUCACGAGGCUUACAUGUACGUCGGCCGCGUCGUGCUCCCCGACGAUUGGCUGGAGAGGUCUACGCCGCCGCCGUUGUGUGACAGGGUGCUCCGUUCCCGGAAGAGGCGGAAGCUUCCUGGCGAGGAGGAGGAGGAGAAGCGUCGCAAGGAGGAGAGGAGGAGGGAGAAGCGGGAACAGAAGGAACGGGAGAAGAGGGAGCGGGAGGGGGCGAAGCAGAGGGGGGAGUUAUAAUUAGAAGGGGGUCGUUCUUUUCGAACUGGAAUGAUGUCAGGUAGUAGUAUGGAAAAUAUGAUGUGGUCACUUUAACAUGGUACGUAGGGGAUCUUCAAAUUCCUGGUAUAUUUCUGACUUGGUAUACAACGUAUGCGUCUUUUGGCAACAUGCGAAUAGAAAGCUCAUGCCAAGAGCGCAGCCCAUGGUUAUCCC